AUCUCGUAGCCUGCGACAUAUAAUGGCGAUGCGACAUUUAAAGGCGCUACAUACGAUACGAUAGUCGGAAAAUAUUGCGAUACACCGCUUUACAAAUGUAUACAUAUGUUUUCAUGUUAAGCAUUGAUGGCGUAAAAUAGUACAGUAUCAAAGUCCGGUUGGAUUUAUAAGCUUUUUGUGCAAAGUCUGGAUAACGAAACAAAAGAAGGAUGUGUGUGUAUAAAAAAAAACGUCCGAUUUAAUGUGUUCCGUGUAUUUAGUAAUGCGCGGUGAAAAUAUUUAGAAUUGGGAAUACUUUUUCGUCUGGAUUUUAAGUAACAUGGUGGAUCGGUUUACCUAAGAAGUGCAAGACUAUUUGGCAGCAUCACGGAAUAUGAAAUCCAACCGUUUAUGAUGUCUUCGACAAACUCAAAUUCUGCAGAACAACAUUCAGAAACGGAACCUGAAAACUGCGUUGUAUGCGCCAUUAAAUUGGGACCACAACUAAACAACACAGUUCAUAACAAAAAUACGCCAAGAGAAAGACGAAGAUACGCAAUUACUUUGUUGCGAACAAUCGCCAAUUUACAAGCAAAUAGUGAGUGGAGUGAGCUGAGAGUAUAUUGUCGUCACAGAUCUAUUUACCUUAUUGCGAAAGCUAAGUGGCAAGAACACUGGUUCAAGAAUGUCAAACGACUUCCAGCAACUUUCAUGGGAUACAUAGACACAUCGGGCGAAUUGAAGAUCUGCGGAAAAUCUCGCGACAACUCUCAAGACAUACAAUCUGCGUUCGCCUCAUUGGAUUCUUUCAUUAAACCUGAAAAUGUGUUUUAUAUCAAAUAUGACGAUUUAAAUAAACCCAUUUCAGUGCCUGAUUGCAAAAGCAAAGCGUCUCCAGAAUAUUCAGACAACAUUUCAGUAUGUGAUUGCAAGGGCAAGGCGUUUCUGGAAUAUUCAGACACGAUUGCAUUGUCUGAUUGCAAAGGAAAAGUAUUUCUUGAUUAUUCAGACACAAAUUAUUUUGACUGUUUUAAGACACAUGCUGGAUCGACAUUGAAUGUCUGUCCAACCAACCCACCUGAACAUAAUGUGCCUGCUCAAGAAGCCGAGCAAAUUGAACAGGAAUCACAUUCAGUUCAGGCAGAGGACGAAUCCGAUGCUUUAAGUUCGAUAGCCCCCUCAUCUAGCACAAGAGAUUUUCCCAGUGUGCAACGUGAUUUGUCUAGUUCCAAUCACAGACAUUUGAUUCUUCAUCCAAAUAACCAUGCUUAUUUUAGCUUUGGCUAUAAUAAUGGUGAUGGAAACUUUCGAUUUGACGGUCAAGAAUCUUACAGACAGACAGUACGAAAUGCUGAUGAUGAGUCAAAUGGCGAAUUGUUACCGAAUUGUCAGCAUGAACACGAUGAUAUAACCCCUCAUAACGAUUCAUUUCGACAAGGAAAUAACACACUUCAGAAUCCUGAGCCGAAUUACCCGACAGCAAAGUAUCCCAACUUUAAACACGAAGAGGUUAGGAGACAAUCGUUCUCUACUUGGCCAAGGACGCGGCCGUCAGGUCACGACUUUUCACCGCGAGGGUUUUUCUAUACAGGGAUCGGUGACCUGGUUAGAUGCUUCUGCUGUGGGAUUGGAUUAAAAGACUUUUCGGAUACUGAUAAUCCGCUUAUGGAACAUGCCAAACAUUCGAGAAAUUGUGCCUUUCUCUUAGAAUUGUUUGGUAGCCGAGAACAAUUACAAAGAUACACGCAAAGUAUUUCAACUGAAGAACCAGAGGAGAUCAGGAGUCGACAGAGGCUGCAAUAUAACAAUCUGCAAGGGCUUAAUGUAAAUGGAUAUAGAGCUAGACACGAACGGUUCCGCUCUCUUCAAGCUCGCCUAGACACGUUCACAAACUGGCCAUCACACCUGGCCCAAAGACCUUAUCAACUUGCCGAAGCCGGAAUGUAUUACACUGGCGUUGACGACCAUUGUCGCUGUUUCGCGUGUGACGGUGGUUUAAGGAAAUGGGAACCAGGUGACGAUCCCUGGAUAGAACACUGUCGAUGGUUUCCGGCUUGUCCUCAUGCGAUUGAAACAAAAGGGCGCGAUUUUAUUGACCUUAUUCAACUUUCAGCUGAUCAAGCUGCCGACCACAACGCGUCUGAACCGCAAGAAGAAAUUGCAGGCCCCAUGGUUCGAAUUUCGAUUGAGGAUUCUGUAGUUCAGAGAAUUACGGAUCGAUAUGACACUAUACUGAAUGGAAGCAUGGGCUUUUCUCACGAAGACAUCAAACAAGCAGUACUUGAAAUCGUUCAGCAAGGCAGUACAUCCCCCAACGUUGAAGACAUCGUUACACAAAUUGAAAUCAUUGCGGAGAGAAACACAAACCUUCCGGAGUUCCGUACGUCCCAGAAUGUCGAACAGACCGAAGAUGGACUACUUGAAGAAAAUAACCGCCUUAAAGGAAUUCUGGUGUGCAUCAUUUGCAAAACGAAUCAAGUGAACAUUCUCUUCCUGCCAUGCACUCAUCAUAAAGUUUGUCUUGAAUGCUCGAGAGAUAUCCACAGCUGUCCGGUGUGCAAAAGGACUAUUAAAGACAAGAUCCGUACUUACAUGUUGUAAGACCCGAGCGGUAGGAAUAUUUCCGAAUUCAUUGCAGAUCCAUUAAUAAGAAUGGACAUCAAAGGACACAUUUUCGAGCAUGAUAAAUAUCCUAUUGAGUUUGUAAAAACGUGUGAAAAGGUGUGACAAUACUGGAUGUAUUACCACGUCUCGUUAUCGCCGUUUUUAUCCUCGAUUGGAGGCGCUCUUUUGAAGGAAUUGAUUUCAAAUUAAAAUUUCGGCUUUGUGACUCUAAAUUUAACUGUAAACUCCUGCAGCUUGGGGCUGAUUGUUCAGUUUGGAGCUUCAUGAAACGGAAUUAACUCCCAAAUGCAUUGCCAUGUCAGACUUUUUGGCGAUUUCUGGCUUUCCAUAGAUGAAGGAUUUCGGGAUUUUAUAUUAUAACUAUUUUUAAGGUGCGGCUGAGGUAUCAUUUGCUCAAUAUAAGGCUCAGGAGAGAAAUCCCUGUAUGAGCUUGUGCGAUAUCUAUGCUUGUUCAUGAGAUUGACAUGAAAUAUCCCAAAAGUAUCAACACGAUGUCGGUUCAUGGAUCUGUUUGUAUAUACGCGUCGAUGUGUUCACAAGGUGAUCGCACUCCCAGAGUUAAAUAACAAUGGUGAUUAAACUUAACGAAAUUCAUCAGGUAUAAAAAGUUUGUACCAACCGGUCCUGACUACUUGGACUUUAUUCCAUCGUUAUAGGGACGCUUCAUGUUGGUUGAUAUAUUCAAGUUAUAUGUCUUCGGAUCAGUCAGUUACGUUGUUUUGUUUGAUGCAUUGGUACAAGUUAGUAUUAGCAAGAACAAAUUGCUCUUGUUAAUUACUUUUUUAGAACUUCUUAUUGCAUCUUCGACAUUAGUGUUAAAAGUACUCACAAUAGUAUGAGCAGUGUCAUAUUAACAAAAUAUGUCAGUUGUUUGCAGAGUGUAUGAACCACACAUGCAUGAACAGAAUGAAGAAAACGCCUUCAUGUGUUGGUUAUGUUGUCUUACACGUUACAAAACUAUUCACGGAUUAAGAAACCCGCUUAAUGUGUUUUAAUGCUAUUCAAAUACAAAGUGGAUACUUUUCCCACAAAUAUAGACUGAACGCCGAAUGUAUACGACCUUUUAUGCCUAAAUUGGCUUUGCAUUAGUCGUAUAUAUCGAUAUACGGCAAUGGGAGAAUCAAUGUGUAAAAAGAUGUGUAAGAUACUGUAUAAAUAGUGAUUAGGUAAUUGAGUAAAGUCGUAUGUAAUGAUAACUAUGUGAAUUAUUGGUAUAAUUCCUUCGCUUUCGGAUAGUGUUAACUGUAAACGGAUUUUUCCUCCAGUGCAAAUCAGUGCAUUUGCUAAUCACAAUUAUUUUACGGAGAAUCAUACUAUGCUUUUUCAUAAUGACUAGGAUCCUGAAAUGGUUAGUGAAGUGUCGAGGUAGAAUUCUCAUUUCGUUCGUUGAUGAAAACCGACCUGCCAAAAGGUGUUGAAUGAUGAUACCUACGCACUCAUGUUAGAUUAAAAUUACCUUUAACACUGGAUCAGCUUAGUAUAAUCGCCAACAUGAACAUUUCAAUGUACUGCGUUCAAAGGUUAUCGCUUUGUUGAAGGUCUGAGCUGCAAAAAGUCGCAGUUGUAAGCAAAUGAAUUAUGAAUCGCUGUGCGCAAAUAACAGGAAAGCAGAACAUCGUAUAAGUUUGAUGAAUAUCAAACUAACACAACAUAACAAAGAGUGUUUGUGUAUAUUUUUUGCAGGCAACUUUGUGUAAAAUUCACACACUCACAAAUAAUGCAAUUUUGAAAUCUUGUCAGAAGAGCAUUACUAUAUAAUUGUAUAAAAUAAACAUUGGUAAAGACAUUUACCGAAUGAACUAAUAAUCAUGAACUAAUUCGACACAUUUGAGCAAUACAUGCGAGCUAUAUAUGUACAUUACUUAUAUAUAAACAUUACUCAUAUAUAAACAAUGCCGAAGGGAGGAUUUUUUUUACUAAAAUUCGAUAUCGUUUAUAAAUUUGUCUAGAAUAAUCAAUAUAUUGAAACAAAGCGAAAUAUGAAGUCUUAAGAUUUAUUAUUUCAUUAAAGGUAAAAAAUUGCAACAUUAUGUAGUAUCAUUAUUUAAAUAUGAUUUUUGACCGUGUAUAAAUUAUUUUAGUAUUAACUAGCUGUGGUUGCAGUUAACUAAUGCAUAUUUGCUUCUACUUUGCUCUGCAAUUUUCAAAACAUUACAUUACGACCACGAAUCUUAACAAACGAAGUGUUUUAUAAUUAAUUUCUUGGUUUUCUUUGAUAAUGAGUGCAAUGUUAUUGAUUUAAGCAUGAAACAAUCAUAAAGUACGAGGUUAAGGUUUGCGUUCAAUAUACCAUUUCUUUAUGUAGUUUCAUUGUUUGUAACUUUGUAACCAUCAACAUGUGUUUCUUAAUCGUGCACACCAUGUGCAUGCAUUUUCCAAUCAAUCCAUAUAAUACAUACAAAAUAGACACAUUUGCCGUUUAAUUUUAUUUGUUUGGAACCGAUUCUUUAUUUUACUACCAACGUCUUUGUAAAAAAAGAUUUGUUCGUUGUUUAAAUAUUAGCUGUAUAAUACUAUUAAGCGUAUAUAAUUGUAUUAAUCCAACAAAAACAAGCGCACAAAAUAAAAUAAAUGUGCUAAUUUUGUAUGGUUUGCUAGAAAAUCUUCAUAAUAAAGCAUAGCUAGGAUAAACAAUAUUUUAAAGCAUAUUCAACUCAUGCAAAUUAAAUGUGUCGUUUUGAAUAUUUAAAUGUUUUGUAUAGUCAUUCAUAUUUAUUAAACUGGGUGUUACAAAAUUGUUUUAAAUCAUACACGUUUUUGUACUCUUUAGUCAAGAUUCAUCAAGUUGCAUACUUGGAUAAAAUUUAUACAUAACUACUCAAAAUGAUAGUAACAUCUUUUUAAAACGUAUGUAUCUCACAAAAAUUAAGUUUUAAUGUUCAAGAAUAUUCAUAUUGAUAUGUAGGUAAUACCUUUAUAUUACGCAGAUAAAUUGUUGUCUGGUCGUUUAUUUACUACGCAAGUGAUAUUUUUCUGUUUUUGCCGAACGAUCGUCCUCCAAUUAUGCUCUUUGAUUUCAAUAACAAUUGUCGACAUAUGAUACUGCAUUAAAAGGUAAUUCUUAACAACAAAACAAUAUUGAUGACGACAUCGCUAAUUGUAAUGCAUUUAAUUGACAGAUAUAUCGACUUGUAAAUUGUAUGCAAUAUAAAUAACAUGAGACCUGUCUGUACAACUACAUUUAAUCAUAUUUACAAGGAGUAUUUUUAAACUCUUGAAACCUUUGUUGGUUAAAGAGAUUAAACUAAUACACUUGAUCGUAAACAUUUACGAACGUGUUUA